AUGUCAGCAUCACUCCCGCAUAGGCCAGUACGCACUCGAGGCCGGUCCGAAACUAACCUGGGUGACCCACACUCGAGCUCAAAGAGAACUCGGGGGCGAAACACUAUCGACGCGUACUGCUCUAGCUGUCUGCUACUUUUCUCUAAAGAUGGCCUGGAGGCGCUCAACUCGACUGCUGGCCUGCGGCACUCGACGUUUGUGCGGUGCCGCUCUCAAGCCAUUCGUGGCUGCCCACUGUGUCACUUCAUCUUGGCAACGGUUAAAAGGGAUCAGGAGAACGACUGGCCUGACGAUGAAACCCUCACCUUUCACAAUCGCUCUUCGAUGAAAGACACCAAAGUCUUACCCCCAUGGAUUGAUAUAUUGGACGGUAGUCUUUCCUCCAGGAAAGUCGUCACUACUAUAUAUCCAUACGCCAAGCAUGGAGAUCCCAUAGCCAGUUUUGUUUACCGGAGACCACUUCUUAGAGAUGUUAAGAGCCAAAAGGCUUUCUCAGCUGCGGUGAGACUUUACAAUGAGUGCAGAAAAGAUCAUCAUCGAUGCCGUUACGGCCGAGACGCUCUUUUACCGACCAGGGUCAUUGACGUUGGUACUGUCGAGUCACCCAUGCUGAAGUUAUUCAUCAACGAUGUCGAACAGGAAGGCAUGUACGUCGCCCUGAGUUACUGCUGGGGCGGCGAACAGCCCGGAAAUCUUCUAGCAACCACCUUAGAACGCAUGACUGAAGAGAUACGAAUGGAAGAGUUGGAGCAGACAGUUAGAGACGCGGUAGUGGCCACUCGAAAGCUAGGAUUCAGGUACCUUUGGGUUGAUGCAUACUGCAUUAUUCAGGAUUGUGCCCAAGACAAGGCGAAGGAGAUUGGCGACAUGGCUCUAAUCUACAAGAACGCGGCUGUCAUGAUCGCGGCGGGGACUGCGGCCCGAGCCCGAGAUGGGUUUCUUGCCACUCGCAGAACAUACAUACCCGAAGAAGAGUUUCGUAUUCCCAUGUCUAGCGGCGGACUAGGAACUGUCUAUCUUCGAACUGGUACACAUAUGCCUAGGCAUGCUAUUGACACGCGUGGGUGGGUUCUUCAAGAGUUCAUGCUAUCGUCUAGGAUACUCUUCUUCUCGGAAUAUGAGCUCUUAUGGCAGUGUCAAGAGACUGAGUUACGGGGAGUCACGGGCGAAGGCUUAGAGUACUUGCAACCGCUGGAAAGUCUGCCCUGGUUGGCGUUUAAUGAUGAGGCUGGAUCGAAUUUUGGGGGCCAAGAGGAGGAGAAGAGGUACAUCUGGAUGACAGUAGUCGAACAGUACUCGCGUCGAUUCCUGUGGCGGGACACCAAUACCUUUGGGUUGUGGAGAAAAUGGUUUAUCGAGCAGCUGACCUGGUCGAAGAAAGAUUGUGAGAAAGACGGCAAUACGGAAGUUGUGAGGUCAGCCCGGGCACCCAGCUGGUCGUGGGCUUCUCUGAACGGGCGGAUCCGUUACACUGGCUUAUUCACGACGGAGUAUGCAGAGGUCCGGGGCAUGACUCUCUUAGAGGAACGUACCUCACCGCAUAACGUUAUCUUGUCGUGUCCUAUCAUCACACUUGACGAUAUGGACCAGUCAAGGCUUGAUGAAGACGAAGAGUGGAUAACAGAAUACCCUGAUUUAGCCGACAUCUCACUUGAGAUCGGUGAUAGAGAAACCGAAUAUCUUAUCCUAGGGAAAACGAUGUUUGGAGACCGUGAGCUGCUCAUCGCGCUCAUGGUGGUUGAAGAUGACGCAUGCGGCGGAGUAUACCGUCGAGUUGGGCUGGCAACAUUCACUGAUGAGGCAAUCUUGAAUAGUGCAAAGGACAAGGUCGUAACGCUGAAGUAG